AUGCCAGAGCUACAAGAGCUCGCCUCCCUCCCUGCCCACGCCGACCCCGCCUGGACAGUCACAUUCAACCCCACCCGCCCCCUCCUCGCAUCAUGCUCCACAGACCGCACCAUCCGGCUCUUCUCUUACAUCCUCCCCUCCUCCUCCCCCUCCGAGGGCCUCCCGGGCAAGGACGACCCCCAGCCGGUUUUUAGUUUGAUGAAGGUGAUAGAGACGGAGCAUAAGAGGACUGUGAGGAGUAUUGCGUGGUCCCCGGAUGGACGGACGCUUGCUUCUGGGAGUUUCGAUUCGACAGUCGGGGUUUGGGAGGAGGUUGUUCCGACGUCGGAUGACGAGGAUGAUGGGGAUGAGGGAGUGUAUAAGCCUGAGGGGAGUGAUGAUGACGAUGUGGGAGGGAGUAAGGAGAAGGAGUGGGAGUGCGUGACGACGCUGGAAGGGCAUGAGAGUGAAUGUAAGAGCGUUGGCUUUUCGUCGGAUGGUGCGCUUUUGGCCAGUUGUUCGAGAGACAAGAGUGUCUGGGUAUGGGAAGUUCAACCGGAUGCGGACUUUGAGUGUAUAGCGGUCAUGAUGGAACACUCACAGGACGUCAAGGGCAUCGCCUGGCACCCUCAUGAGGAGAUUCUCGCAUCUGCAUCAUACGACUCCAACAUCCACCUCGCCUACGACGACCCCGAUUCCGACUGGUACACCUUCCAAAAACUCCACCCUUCCCUCCCACUCUCCCCACCUACUCUCCCCGCCCUCCUCAAGUCCUCUUACCCAUCUUCAGCACCCUCAUCUUCAUCAGCCCCUCAACAUCUUAUAGAAGCGCUUCUCCCAACGCAGGAGGAGCAAGAAGCCGAUGCUGCGUUGCAGGUACCAGAGUUGGAAGAGGAUGAGACGGUUUGGUGUGUUGCUUGGAGUGCGGAUGGGGGAUGGAUGGUUAGUGGAGGGGAUACUGGAGGACUGAGGGUAUGGAGGCGGACUGGCUCUCAAUCCGACUCUCCCUUCAAAGAAGUCCUCCACAUUCCCGCCCACACCCGCUCCAUCUUCUCCCUCGCCUGGUCACCUCCUCUCACCACCUCCCCCUCCGACCUCGGGCUCAUCGCGUCCGGCGGAGGGGAUGGCAAAAUCAUCAUCUGGCAAGUGACCAAGCUCGCCGGAGAAGAGGGCAAGGAGGUGGGAGUGGAUGUGAAGCCGAUAGCGGCCAAGAAGAAUGCGCAUGGGGUAGCGGAUAUCAACUCUGUCUCGUGGUGUGUUAGGGAGGAUAAGAAGGGGGCUGGGCUGGGGAUGUUGAGUAGUGCGGCGGAUGAUGGGAGUGUGAGGGUCUGGAGGGUUGUGAGGGAUGAUUAG